ACUACUUCCUCCAAAGUCAAAAUGGCUUUGGCAGCUAUAGGCAGAAGGUCAGUCCUUUUUGCCAAAUGCAAAAUUUACUCUUUGAGUAAACACUGUUUGUUAUUUUCAACUAAUGACACUAUUAUAGUCAAGCAGUGGAAACCACCAUUAAAGAAAGGGUGGAGAAAAGGUCAAAAGGAACUUCCCAGAACUGAUCACCAAUCCUAGGAGGAAAGGUUGGCAGAUGUGGUCACCCCUCUGUGGAGGCUCAGUUAUGAUGAGCAACUUGAGCUCAAGCAAAAGCAUCAGCAAAGGAUACUGGCUCAGCUCUCUGGACAUCUUUCAGGUGACUUCCAGUCACAGUCCUCUUCAUCUUUCAGAGAUAAAAUAAGCUUCCCUGUACUGCCCAUUCUGCCAUCGCCAGUUAGGAAUGGCUACCGCAACAAGUCUACAUUUGCUGUCAACAGAGGAGUGGAUGGAAAUCCAAAGACAGUUGGAUAUUAUGUUGGAACAGGCAAAGAGGGAAAAAUCAUCUGCGUCAAUGGAGACCAUCUGCUCAACAUGCCAUAGAAGCACAAACUGGUAGCCAGAUGCUACCAGGACUUCAUCCGCCUCUCUUCUCUGGAGCCCUGCCUGCUGUUCCACACUGGAGGUCACUGGAGAGAGGUCACAGUGAGGACUAACACAGAGGGUCACACUAUGGCUAUAGUGUACUUUCAUCCACAGACGCUCACUUGGGAAGAGAUAGCAGUUCAUAAGGCUGACCUGGUGGAUUACUUCACACAGGGUCCUGGAUCAGUCUGCCAGCUGGAUUCACUGUUCUUCCAGGAGAGCACCAUGACUCGGUGCACUCAUGAAGAGUCCCCCUUCCAACUCCUGCAUGGUCAGCCACACUUGUAUGAGGAGGUGCUGGGCUUCAAGUUCCACAUCUCUGCUGAUGCCUUUUUCCAGGUGAAUCAGGCAGCUGCAGAGGUGCUCUAUGGCACAGUGAGGCAACUCUGUGUCCCAAACCCUGAAGAAGGCGGAAGAAGAGCAAAAGUUGGUGGUACUCUUCUAGAUGUGUGCUGUGGCACAGGCGCCAUCGGCAUUAUUAUUUCUCCCAGAGUGGACAGAAUUAUUGGUAUAGAGCUCACAGAACAGGCAGUGGAAGAUGCUAGAUACAAUGCAGCUGUCAACAACAUACUGAACUGUGAGUUUAUCCCUGGGAAGGCAGAGGAGGUGCUUCCUGGCCUUAUGUCUCAGUUGAGCUCCGCAGGUGGAGGCCUGACAGCUGUGGUAAACCCCGCACGAGCCGGCCUACACCACAAAGUGGUCCGAGCUUUACGAAACCAAACUGCUAUUCGUAGGCUGAUCUAUGUUUCCUGUAAACCAGAUGGAGAGGCCAUGAGGAACUUUGUGGAGCUUUGUUGUCCACCUGACUCACAGAAGAAACUCACAGGAGAGGCAUUUACUCCAGCUCUAGCUGUACCUGUGGACAUGUUCCCACAUACUCCUCACUGUGAAUUGGUGCUACUUUUUGAGAGGUAGCAAAUAUUUUUGUUCAAAAGUGAACAUGAACCCUUUACCAGAACCUCUGGUUGCUUUACAAAGCUAAUGGGGAGUGAGGAUUGAUCUAUUGUUUGCUAGAUGAGAAUGGAAAGUUUCAUUAAGUACCUACAACAAAUCCUCCUGUGGUUCACCCUCACAGGUGUUUUCACGUAGUUUCUUGAUUAGAUCUCUAUUCAUGGCCCUGCUGUAGGGAUGCAACAAAUUAUAUUAUUAAUUAUUUACCUAUUUUUUUGAGAAAAUCUUUGGUCUGUGGCACAUUUGUCCACUGUAAACUUCACAGAUGUAACAUUUACUACAGGGCUGUCACAUCAGAUUAGGUUAGAUGUUCAUAUGGGGGCGUUCAACUUGCCCUUCUCUGUUCUGUAGUAGCUGUAUUUGUGCAGUAGGUGGUGCCAUUACAACAUCCAUGGCUUCCUCCUUUUAGUAGACAAUGGCUUCUAACAGUUGCGUUUGCUCAAUGUGUGGGCUCACUGCAGACAUUCCAGUUCACUACAGGUCAUUAUAUAAUGUGUGUGCAGUGCUGGUGGCCAAGUUUUGUUACUGUGAGGUUACUACUGCUUAAGCCGUACAUUGCCUCAAGGUGACCUUGGCUUGAAGAUAAUUCAUUUUUUAUCUGAGUGUUGUAAUGGGAUGAUGAUGUUCAUGCACAAAAUUGUCCAUGCCAGGGUUAGCAGGUAAACAGGGAACUUUUGACCCCAACAACACUGCUCAUGUGAAUGAGUGUCAUAUUUUAUUUCUUUCUGCUUCUGUUCAAAAUCAGACUUUUGAAGAAAUCAUCUUACAUUUCUGUGGUUUAUUGACCAAAGGCAAGUUGUUGAGAAAACAAAGUAGUGUGUUAUAUAUAAUAAUCACACCAGUGUCACAAAGUUACAUACAAACACCCACUAAUUUUUCUCAUUAAGAAGCUUUUUUGCCUAUUCUUGAAGCUUGAUGUCAAUACCUGAAUCAUUUUAAUGUAUUCUACUGGUACAAUGCACUGUAUCUGCCAAAACUUGUUAUUUUAAACACAUUUUGCAAUGAUGCCAGUGUAGACUAGUUUUAAAAUUAACUGAAGCUUGUAAAACAAAGUUAAGUUCCACUUGAAUCUCACAGUGCCUGUACUUGCUUGGAGGAUGACAUGUGGGUUAAAGGGUCAGGAGUGGCCUCAUUGUUGUAGGACAUCAUGGGGUGGUAUGAGCUCAUCAUUCUUUCCGAACUCCUGCUUAUCUUCCGAUUAAAGAGUAGAGAUUGUCUAGAUCUGGGCGGUGAUUUGAAAGAUUGGGCGAUUAUGGAUUCCUUAUAUGAUGGGCUAAGAAACAGAGAGGGCGGCAAAGAGCAGUUAAGCGAACAACCAAUGGGAUAUUCUGACCUGGCAUCAGUUUCGCCAUCGACCAAUUGUUUAAAAAAAAAAACAUCUGCAGAGGGUUUUAUAAAAGAGGGAUCAACGCACUGAUUUAUUAACGCUGAUUUAUUUCGACUACAUCACAUUGCGCCAGGAUUCCCAAUAUUUGGAGAGCGCACGGCGAAUAGGCUCAACCAGG